CUCUUCCAAUACGUCCUUAUUUGUAUCUAUAUGUUAACUCUUUGCUGCACUCAGUGCCUAACAACAACAGAAAAAGGACUGAUUCGGGUAAACCUUACACGGUUUGGAUUUAAAAAUGGGAAGGGUGGCAUGCUGUGAGAAGGUAGGGUUGAAGAAAGGACCAUGGACUCCAGACGAAGACAAGAAGCUCCUCGACUAUGUUCGGAACUAUGGCCAUGGAAACUGGCGUUCAGUGCCUGCCAAAGCGGGUCUUCAAAGAUGUGGAAAGAGUUGCAGAUUGAGAUGGAUUAACUAUCUCAAACCUGACAUAAAACGAGGAAACUUCAGCGCGGAGGAAGAUCACACCAUUAUUCAACUUCAUGCCCUUCUUGGAAACAAAUGGUCAAUCAUAGCAGCUCAUCUGCCCCAAAGAACAGACAAUGAGAUCAAGAACUAUUGGAAUACCAACAUUAAGAAAAGACUCAUCAGAAUGGGCUUAGAUCCCAUUACCCACAAAAAAAUAGAAAAUAACACGUUUGAACCCUUUGGUGGUUGCCAUGAAUACCCCAAGGACAACAUCAAUAUCUGCCAUGUGGCUCAAUGGGAAGGUGCUCGACUUGAAGCUGAAGCCAGAGGAUCUAAGUUGCAAGUUGGAUCCGGAUCUUCGCAACUCUCUGGGCUAAUUUUAAGAAAAAUUCCAACUCAACCUUGUCUUUCAUCACAUUCAGUGUCAACAAAAAACAACACAGCGUAUAACAUGUAUGCCCUCGUGCUUGCCACAAAUCAUGAUUUUCGGUCAUCUGUAUCCACUUUGACCAUUCCUACACUUCCUGCAGUUUCUAAUAUUUCACAAAUCACCAACACAGAAAAGGUAUUGAAAGGUUAUGUAUCAAACUUACAAGAUGAUGACAUUAUGGUGGCUUUGGAAGCAUUUAUGACAGCAAGGUCCGAGAGUAUCGAAGAGCUGUUUGAUGAACCCACUUCCAUUUAGAAGGUCUAAUAUGACGAUUUGUUUUAAAAUAUCUGUCAUUCGUAUGUUCUUCUGUGUGGAGUAGUUUCAUGUCAGGUUGGAUGUCAUGUUAUGCUUUCUGGUAUCAUGAAAUAGAUAAUUAUAUUUUUGUUUUCUCAUGUUCUGAUGUUCUAUUUUUGAGCAUUCCUUAUUGUUUCGGUAUAAAUUUACUGGGACCGAAGGACUAACCUCGAUGACGUUGUCUUCUGUCUUGAUGCCCGCUUCUUCUGAUU